GUGUCCGAAAUUUACAUUUCGCGCCCGCCCGGCCAAUCAGGGGUUGCACCGGAAACGCCAAUGAUAAAAACAAGAAAGAGAUUGUUCGCCAACGAUAAGACUGUUUCUACCGAAACGUAAGAUGGCCACCAUACCGGCCGUAACGAGAAUUUCGUCCCGAUUAAUUCGCGUUUUGGGCUGUAACCCCAGCCCGAUGACGCUGCAAGGAACGAACACAUAUUUGAUAGGCAGCGGAAAAAGACGCAUUCUGUUGGACGCCGGCGACGCGAAUGUGAGCGAGUACAUCGACCACCUGAAGCAAGUGUUGAUGGACGAACGGAUUCUCAUUAAUGACAUAAUAGUGUCCCAUUGGCACCACGAUCAUGUCGGCGGGGUUGACAACAUACUCGAUAUUAUCGAAAAUAAGGCUACUUGUAAUGUUUGGAAAUUUCCGCGUACAGACGCGCCGGAACCGGAGAUGAAAAACGCUGCGCUAAAGGAACUGAAAGAUGGGCAAAUUUUUAGCACCGAAGGUGCAACGCUCAAGGUCGUACACACGCCGGGCCAUACGACGGAUCAUGUGGUGCUGAUACUGCAGGAAGAUAAUUCCCUCUUCAGCGCUGACUGUAUUCUCGGCGAGGGCACUACCGUGUUUGAGGAUCUGUACUUGUACAUGAAGAGUUUGGAAAAGAUUUUGAGCGCCAAGCCGUCCACUAUUUACCCGGGUCAUGGUAAUAUCAUUACAAACCCGAUCGAGAAGAUAACGGAAUACAUCAACCACCGGAACCAUCGGGAAAAGCAGAUUUUCGCCGUCUUCGAAGCGAAUCCUCGAAAGCAGUACAACGAAAUGGAUAUCGUGCGAGAGGUGUACAAAGAAACGCCGGAGCAACUUUGGGCUGCUGCUGCAUAUAAUGUGAACCACCACCUGAAGAAGCUGACAACCGAAGGCAAGCUACUCGAGUGCGUGGACAACGAGGGUGGCAACUCGUGGAAGUUCGUCCCGCCUUCUUCAUUAUAGAGUAGACGCUCAGGAAAGGUGUUGGGAAUAAAAUAGUUAUUUUAAUU